AUGGGGGAUGAAGAUAAAGUCAUUGAACAUGAAGAUUUGGAACCAUCCUCAGGAAUGGAUCACACAGCUUCUGCAUUUCAAGAAAUACAGGAGGAAACAGUUACGAACUCCAAAGCAACAGACGCCAAAGAACCAACAGAAGGAAGUAACCUCCUGAAUAGCCAUGAAAAAAAGCUACAAAAAAUACCAACUGAAUCAAAUAAUUUGCAAAGACUAAGACAAACAUUUUCUUGUCCCCCACAUGGUUUUCUGGAUAGAGGAAUAACAAAUGUUACCAUGGUUGUUCUUCUCUGGGCUGUAGUUUGGUCAAUUACUGGCAGCGAAUGUCUUCCUGGAGGAAACCUAUUUGGGAUUAUAAUCCUAUUCUAUUGUGCCAUCAUUGGAGGUAAACUUUUGGGGUUCAUUAAGUUACCUACAUUGCCUCCACUGCCUCGUCUUCUAGGCAUGCUGCUUGCUGGGUUUCUUCUCAGGAAUAUCCCUGUCAUCAGUGAUAACAUACAGAUCAAGCACAAGUGGUCUUCUGCUUUAAGAAGCAUAGCCCUGUCUGUCAUAUUGGUCCGUGCUGGCCUUGGACUUGAUUCAAAGGCCCUGAAGAAGUUGAAGGGUGUUUGUGUAAGACUAUCCAUGGGUCCUUGCCUGGUGGAGGCGUGCACGUCUGCUCUUCUUGCCCACUUCCUAAUGGGUUUACCAUGGCAAUGGGGAUUUAUACUGGGUUUUGUUUUAGGUGCUGUAUCUCCAGCUGUCGUGGUACCCUCAAUGCUCCUUUUGCAGGAAGGAGGCUAUGGGGUUGAAAAAGGCAUUCCGACCUUACUCAUGGCUGCUGGCAGCUUCGAUGAUAUUCUGGCUAUCACUGGCUUCAACACAUGCUUGGGCAUGGCCUUUUCCACAGGUUCCACAGUUUUUAACGUUCUCAGAGGAAUCUUAGAAGUGGUAAUUGGUGUGGCAGCUGGAUCUCUUCUUGGAUUUUUUAUCCAGUACUUUCCAAGCAGUGACCAGGUAAAAGCAGAGGUUGAAAAAAUUAUUGCAGGUGCCUGGUACAUUUUUCAGCCCCUUCUCUUCGGACUGAUUGGAGCAGAAGUAUCUAUUGCAUCUCUCAGACCAGAAACUGUAGGCCUUUGUGUUGCCAUCCUGGGCAUUGCAGUAUUGAUAAGAAUUUUGACUACAUUUCUGAUGGUGUGUUUUGCUGGUUUUAACAUCAAGGAAAAGAUAUUUAUUUCUUUUGCAUGGCUUCCUAAGGCCACAGUCCAGGCUGCCAUAGGAUCUGUGGCUUUGGACACAGCAAGAUCACAUGAAGAGAAACAGUUAGAAGAAUAUGGAAUGGAUGUGUUGACAGUGGCAUUUUUGUCCAUCCUCAUCACAGCCCCAAUUGGAAGUCUACUCAUUGGUUUGCUGGGUCCCAGGCUUCUCCGGAAAGCUGAACAUCAAAAUAAAGGUGAAGAAGUUCAGGAAGAGACCUCUAUACAAGUUUAGAGGUGAAAAGAGACAAGGCUGAGUGUAAUGAUUAGAAAGCUGCUGCCAGAAACUUCUUUUAUCAACUAGCGAAGUCUAUGUUAUCUAGAUGCAUAUUGAGAUAUGUAAUGUUUAAGCUUUAAAUGUAAUAGAACCAAAAGUGUGGCUAUUUCUUUAGAGAGCAUUUUUAGCUGUCCUUUUCAUGUCGGUGGUAAUAUUCUACAUCUCCAACCUAAUUUCUUGACCUCUCUUUUUUUUUUCUCAAAUACCUCUUCAUUGUGUAUCUUAAAUUAUUUAGUAAAAUGUACUACCACAAUUUUUUUUUUGAGAUUUUA